UUAUAUAUGUAUGUAUGUCCACACAAUGAUGUUAAAUGUUACAAUUUGAUACUAAUUUCAGUUUUCGAGACUUACCAAAAAGCAAGAUUAGUUUUUGUUCAAACCAUGGCGGAGCUAGCGACACGCUCUACUAACGUAAAAUGCCUCGAGAGCGCGGGAGUAUUAGAGUUGUUGCGGCCGCUCCUAUCUGACUCUUGCAGUACUGUGCGGCAAUGCGCUGUUGUGGCAGCCGCCCGCCUCGCUGAGCACGAGGAAGGCGUCGCAAGACAACUCUUGAGUGGGGGCAUGGUCACCAUGACACUUGAGAACCUGAAUAAGUAUAACGUUUAUUACAAAAGAUCUGCUUUAUAUUUAUUACGAGCGGUAGCAAAGCACAAUGAAGAAUUAGCCUCAGCCAUUGUGCGGUUAGGUGCGUUGGAGCACAUUGUAUCAUGUCUUGAAGAUUUUGAUACGCAGGUUAAAGAAAACGCAGCUUGGGCUUUGGGGUACAUAGGAAAGCACAACGAACACUUGGCUGGCCUGGUGGUCGACGCCGGCACUCUUCCUCUACUUGUGCUAGCUUUUCAGGAACCAGAAAUGAGUUUAAAACAGAUAGCGGCUGGAGCACUAGUAGAUUUGGCGCAACACAAACCGGAAGCGGUUGUCGACGCUGGUGCCAUUCCACAUCUUGUGCGUGGCUUGGAAAAUCAAGACCCAAAAUUGAAGCGCAGCACAUUAUGCGCGCUCGGAGCCGUAGCAAGUGCAAGAGCGGAACUAGCAGAGGCCACAGUGGCCGGCGGUGCGUUGCCACCAGCUUUGCUCCAUACAGGACACGACUCCGCCCCCGUGAGGAGAGCGGCGGCGUGUUUACUGCGUGAUAUUGUCAAACAUUCUGUUGACCUAGCUCAAUUGGUGGUCAAUACCGGUGGCUGUGGACCUUUGGUGGAAUUGAUGUUUGAAAACACAGGCGGGGCACGAAUCCCGGCUUGUAUGGCACUUGGAUACAUAGCAGGCCAGUCUGACCAGUUGGCUAUGGCGGUCAUAGAAUCAAAGGCGAUAGUGGUGUCAGUAGAAAUAUUACAGAAGACUGAUGCAGAUGAUGCAGAGGUAUGUGCUGCAGCAUGGACACUGGGACACAUUGCCAAACAUUCCCCACAACAUAGCCUUGCUGUUGCUGUUGCUAAUGCUUUCCCCACAUUGCUACAGUUAUACACAAGUCCCAAAUCAUCGGGUGAAGUGAAGGCAAGGGCAUCUUGUGCACUAAAACAAGCGCUACAGUGUUGUUUACAUAGACCUGCAUUAGAGCCUUUGUUACAUGCAGCACCAGCUUGCAUACUUAAAUAUGUAUUGGCACAAUAUGCUAAGAUUUUACCUAACGAUGCAAGAGCUAGAAGAUUAUUUGUUACAACUGGAGCAUUAAAAAGGAUUCAAGAAAUAGAUACUGUUCCUGGAACUUCUCUUAAAGAAUAUAUCAAUAUAAUUAACAGUUGUUUCCCUGAAGAAAUAGUAAGGUAUUACACUCCUGGAUAUUCGGAUUCUUUAUUAGAUAGGGUGGAAGCAUAUACACCGCAGAUCCCAGAAUUAUUUACGGAUAGAGUUCCUAGUGACUGCCAGAGCGAACUUACAAUUGAAAAUGCAAAUUAAUUUUAUUUUAUUAUAUUUUGGAAAUAAAUCUUCAUUUAGAGAGCUUUUGCGAGUGUCCA